AUCCGUUCCGAGGACCUUCCUCCUCCUCCUCCUUUCCCCCCCUGUAAACCCCCUUCCUGGCUUUCUCCUAGCCGGAGCCCCACCGGAGUCUCCAAACCCUCUCCUCAUCUCUCCACCACACCUCACUGGAGAUGCUUUUCUCCCUUCGCCAUCUCCCCUGCCUCUCCCCGCUCCUCCCUCAGCCGAAACCUAUCCGCUCCCGGCACCAAUCCACCCUUCCCGCCAACAUUUCCAACACCUCCCUCCGCGAUAACUUCAAAUUCCUCGCCAAAGCUGCUUCUAUUAGCAGUCCUGGUGCUGACUAUCCCGAACAGUUGGUGGAUGAUGCCCAAAGGAAGCAGAGGAGGAGGAGGAGGAGCGUGGCGGGAGUCGACCAGGAGGAUCUGGUAGACCCGGAAAAAUUAGCUGACCCUGAUAGCUUCUUUUGCGAGUUCAAUGGAGUUCAGGUACACCAUAAGAUAUGCGACCAUGAGGCUGAAGAAGAGGUAAAGGAGCAAUCUUUUCAGGUUACGGGCAGUGGAGUUGCGGGAUUCGGAUUGCCCAUGAUUCUAUUGCAUGGCUUUGGGGCCUCCGUGUUCUCGUGGGAUCGGGUGAUGAAGCCUCUGGCACGGUUGACUGGCUCCAAGGUUCUUGCCUUUGAUCGGCCUGCCUUUGGGCUGACAUCGAGGGCAAGUGUUUUGGGGCAGCAGGCUGUUGGUGGUGACGAUGCCAGGCCUUUGAAUCCAUACUCGAUGGCUUUCUCUGUGCUUGCCACACUCUCAUUUAUGGACUUGUUAGGUGCCGGGAAAGCCAUUCUAAUGGGGCACUCCGCUGGUUGCCUUGUAGCAGUUAAUACAUACUUUGAAGCUCCUGAGAAGGUUGCUGCACUGAUCCUUAUCGCGCCAGCAAUUGUUGCGCCACUUAUUUCGCAGAAAGUGGUGAAGGAGAAUGAAAUGGACAAAGGAAACCAGAUAGAAGAUCGAGGAUCAAAUUUAAAUGUUCGUCAGCAUCCAUCUGUAAGGAUUUGGAAGGCCUUAUGUAAGCUAUGUAUGGGCGUUAUCGGGGUGGCUUUUGGGAUGUUGAAAGGGAUGAGGGAUAUGGUUAGCUCACUUUAUGUCAAAGCUGUAUCUGCAGUUCUACGGUCUGCCUUUGCUGUAAUGCUGCUAAGGAUGAUCAUGGACAAGUUUGGUAUACUUGCUAUUAGAAAUGCAUGGUUUGAUGCAAGCCAAAUCACAGAUCAUGUCCUUCAAGGUUAUACAAAGCCAUUAAGAGCUAAGGGUUGGGAAAUGGCCCUUUUGGAGUACACCUUAGCCGUGCUUACAGAUUCUGCAUCUAAACCACCACUGACUAAAAGACUUGCUGAGAUCUCAUGCCCUGUGCUGAUCAUUACUGGUGACACUGACCGCCUUGUUCCUUCCUGGAAUGCUGAGCGCCUAUCAUGGGCCAUACCAGGUUCUACCCUUGAAGUAAUCAAGAAUUGUGGGCACUUGCCUCACGAAGAAAGGGUAGAAGAAUUCCUAUUGGCUAUCGAAAGGUUUCUUCAAAAAGUUUUUGGAGUUUCAGACAGGCAGUUCUCCCAAGCAGCAGCAUGACUAUGGCAGCAACAAAUAUUAGUAGAAAACAAGCAAUUCUUUGGCACUCAGCCCAACAUGUUGAUCAAUCAAUAGAAACAAUAGUAUGCAGGGGAUAGUACUGUCCCUGGUUCUCUUUUGCCACGGAGGUCAAUCAAAUUCUACUGAGAUUCAAACGAUUUUUAGUCCUUCAUAAGUUGCUCUAUCUUAAGGCUUCGAUGCAACUGUGUUACCAUCUUAUAAGAAUAGAAUAUUUUGAUUACUUACAGAGAC